GGUAAAUUUAAAAUCGAUAAAAAAGUGCUUUAUUAAUCACUGCCAGAUUAGUUAGCAGUAAAAAAACUUUAGUAUGUGGUAAAUUUGUUAUUAAUUUUGAUAGUUACUGAUUAAUAAUUCAUAAUUACUAAUUAAAAUAAAAAAUGAACAUCGAGGAGUUUCGUGUGCGAGGUAAAGAAAUGGUUGAGUAUAUUUGUGAAUAUUUAAGAACAUUGGAAGGUAAAAGAGUUACUGCGAAUGUUGAUCCUGGUUAUUUGAGGCCUCUUUUACCCAACGAAGCACCGCUCAAGCCGGAGUCGUGGAACGACAUAAUGAACGACGUUGAGAACAAAAUAAUGCCUGGGAUAACUCACUGGCAACACCCGCGUUUCCAUGCGUACUUCCCCGCCGGAAAUUCGUUUCCUUCAAUAUUAGGCGACAUGUUAUCGGACGCGAUCGGGUGCAUCGGAUUUUCUUGGGCCGCAAGUCCGGCUUGCACCGAAUUAGAGACAAUUGUACUCGAUUGGUACGCGAAGGCCAUUAAUUUACCCUCGGUAUUUUUAGCCGAGAAAAAAAAUUCAAAAGGCGGAGGAGUAAUUCAGGGAUCAGCAUCCGAGUGUAUUUUGGUGACGAUGUUAGCGGCGCGUAAUCAUGCGAUAAAUUUACUCAAAAAAAAAGAGCCUUUGAUAGAAGACAGUGCUUUUCUACCAAGAUUAGUUGCGUACUGUUCAACGGAAGCCCAUUCCUGUGUAGAAAAAGCAGCAAUGAUUUGUCUGGUAAAAUUACGAGUGCUGGCACCCGACGAUCGUUGCUGUUUGCGAGGCGCUACACUAGAAGCGGCGAUAAAAGAUGACAUCAAACGUGGACUGGUGCCGUUUUUUGUAUCAACAACUCUGGGGUCAACUGGGUGCUGUUCCUUUGACAAUCUCGUCGAAAUCGGACCAGUUUGUAAGAAACAAACGGGUAUUUGGCUACACGUCGACGGUGCUUACGGUGGUAAUGCAUUUAUAUGUCCGGAAUUACGUCCACUGAUGGCUGGUAUUGAGUACGCAGACUCGUUUAAUACCAAUCCCAAUAAAUGGCUCCUCGUAAAUUUUGAUUGUUCAUGUCUUUGGGUACGUGAUCGUGUUAAAUUAACCUCAGCUCUUGUUGUCGAUCCACUUUAUCUCCAGCAUGCCAACUCCAAUGAGUCCAUUGACUACCGUCAUUGGGGUAUUCCACUGAGCCGCAGAUUCCGUGCGCUAAAACUCUGGUUCGUGAUGAGAAGCUACGGUAUCAUUGGGUUACAAAAGUAUAUACGUAAUCACAUACGUCUGGCUAAGAAAUUCGAAGCUCAGAUGAGAAAAAAUAAACGCUUUGAAGUACUGAAUGAUGUAAGAGUUGGGUUAGUUUGCUUUCGACUUAAAGACUCUGAUGAAAUAAAUCAAGAAUUGUUGGCAAAUAUAAAUGCGUCGGGUAAAAUUCAUAUGAUUCCGUCAAGAAUGAUGGGAAAAUAUGUAAUACGUUUUUGUGUAACUAAAGAAAAUGCUAAAGAAGACGAUAUUGAUUAUGCAGUUGAAGUUAUUGAGGAACAUGCGUCUGAAGUAUUACUCACGCACUACGAAGCAUCAGAAAUAGAACUCACGGCUAAGAGUCCCAAGAGUCCAGUUCCAUUGGACAAGAAACUUGUGAGAAAAUUCAGUUUUACAAGAAGUGUUACACGAGAUGUUUAUAGAAGAACUAAAUCGAAGUCAACUUUGCAUGACGGCGCGACACCGAUUAUGGUCGUCGAAGACAACAAUUCCCAAGUUGAUUUGAAUGAUGAGGAAGUAUUUUGUAGCGAUCGGUAGAAUACAAUUCAGCUCACGGUACCAAAAAAGAGAAAUAAUUUAGUAUCGUUACCAUGAGCCGAGCCAGUAGAUAGGAUUUUCAAAUAUCGUGUUGAUCCUGAGUCUUUGAAUACUUCCAAAGAAGUUUUAAUUUAACUAGAGUAUUAUUUUUUAAUUUUAUCUCAGGAAAUGAUGACGAUUUUUAUUUACUUCUCUAUUGUUAAUUUGAUAAUUAAUACUUUGUUCUAGUGAAUAAAAUUUAAUCCAGUGCUUGGGGUCGUGUAGAUCCUCGAGCUCAAGUACUGGCCAGGCUUAGGUUCGAAUCCCACAGUCAGCAAAAAUGAAUUAUUUUUCACAAGUUUAUAUAAUGCAUUGCGCUUUCUUUGAGGUUCGUUCCAUACAACCGCCAGACUGCCACCUGUCUGCAAUCUUGCCCACUAACAAGUUCCGUAAUUCAAAACCAGUACACAGAAAAAAAAGAUUUCUUGGAGCACAAGAAAAUUUCAUUCGCCCCAAGUCUUUCUAGUCCUGAGAAAAUUUUUUUUUUUUUCAUUUCAUGAUGCGGAAUUUUUCUUGAGCCGAGAAAUCUUUUUUUUCUGUUUAGAAAAAAGAAAAAGAUGUGGAAAAACAAUGAGGUAUGGAAUAGGAAAGACAAGAAAAAGAAAUGGCCAGGAAGGUCUGAAAAAAUUCAGAGUAAUUUCCUAAGCUUGUUCCAGAGAGAGAAUGAACUUCAGAUCACCCCCACUACCGAUUAUUUCGAAACUGCGCAUGCGUAAAGUGAAGUGGGAGAAACCUUAGAACACAGAACACCCAGAGUGGGGGUAAAAAAACGAAAACCAGAAGUAAACUCUCUCAAUGGAAGUUUUCAAAAUGUAGUGAAUAUUUACUCAAAAAAAUGAGGGAUCUGAAUUACUUGCAGUAUAACCUGAAGGCUGCGUAAUGUAAAUAUGUAAAGUGUUGAAAGUUUUAGAAGACGGAAGUUAUAUAGUUAAGAUUGCAACAAAAUAAUUAUAAUUUUAUAUUAUGAAUUCGAAAACGUGAAAAAAAUAACUGUAGGUAUUUAGGUGAUUUAAUGUUAAAUUUAUAUGUAUUGCAUGAUAAUUAAUGACAAUAUUAUAAAAUAUAUCGAUGAAUAUUUAAUUGUAUGUGUAGGUAUUUAUUAAUUAAUAUAUUUAUAGAAAAUAAAAAUAAUGUUAUAGAAAUAAUGCUUUUUUCUAGUAAUAAAAAGCCUAAUUUAUAAGUAAUUUAUUAUAAAUGCGAAUUAAAAUUGUAACAUU